UCGUAUUGGGGCGUCCAUGUAGACCCCCACAACCCAUGUUUUUGUGACCUGAGAUGUGAUUAUGUGUGACCCGUAAGGGUUGACAAGAUGUCGUCUGCUGUGACCUCCAGACGACAGGUGACAAGUGCCCUCUCGGACUCCUCAUUACCUGGACAAUUCGCCGGCUUCGCUCCAAACAAAACACAGUUGUAACGACUAAUCCGGCCUGAGGGAACAAACACAGUGGUAUUGUGCAAACGAGGUACAGCCUGCUCUCUGAUGUGGAAGAAAAAGCUUGAGUUAAUCCCGAUUGGCCGAUAAUAACCUCGUCAGCGGACACAUUGACGGGAUUAGAUACUUUCUGAGACGGAUAGCCUGGACCAAGUCUAUGCUUGUAUGGCUGGAUUGUAUGAACAGUGUUUGAAAUGCAUGUGAGAUGACAAGCAGAAAUCGCUGGCUGGUCUUUGAACCUGUUGACGUCUGCUUGUGAUUUUUUGCUGCUGCCUUGAGAAGAUGCUUUGCUAUGAAAGAAGUAGGUGUUUAAAUAUGUGUGAUGAAGGCUGAACAACUUCUUUCAUGUUAGGAUUUACAACUAAUCAUCUCCUCUUCAAGGAUUUACAAUAGUCUGGAGUCAAGAUAUGUCAGGACCAAAGACGUCUGCUCCUCAAGAGCUUGGCUAAGAGGAGACGUGCACUGUUGAAACCUGAAUGUGUGAAUAAGGACUGACCGCAGUGUGGACAUGGGUCACUUUGAUCUUUGGGAAACAUGUGCAAUGUCAUCACAAGGAUUUCAUGUCAAUUGAACAUGUUAAUCAGAGGUCUAAAAAGAUAUAUUCUGUUUGAUUUUGAAUUUAGAUCUUUGCUGUUUGAUGCUUGAACUAAUUGGAGAUAUUUCCAAAUCUCACUCAUCCUCAUGUCUCCUGUGAAAUUACACUUUAUGGAGAAAAAGUCUUAAGCCUGCAAUCCAAGGAGGAAUCACAAGUGGAUUAACGUCCCGUCAAACUUAAGGCCUCUACGUAAGCGGAAAAUGGUGACCUUCAUAUAACUCGAGAGAUGUCAAGAAGAAUGUAAAAGUGGGAUUAGUGUCCUUCAACUUUGACCCUGAACAAGAAGAUCUGAUCUGUUUCGACAAAUCACUAAAAAUGGGAAACAAAUGUCUUACAGGGUGCUUUGUGUUUUACAUUGUGCUGUCUCUCCUGACACACUUGGCAGAGCUGGUUACGAACACAAUGCUGGCUUACUUUCUGUGGAUCAGUGUCACAACACAGGAGAGCUGGUUCAGUCUUGUAAUGGGGAUACUACUGAUACCCCUUGUGCUUGUACAGUUACUCUCAGCCAUAUUGCUCCUCAACAGAAGAGGAGAUAGUCUAACCACCUGUGAAGCUAUCAUUAUGGCAUUUCUUCAUAUCAUUCAAAUGGGAUUUAUAUGGAGACAUUUUACCGUGUUGAGAGAAAGGGAUGUUCUGGUGAAAAAAGCGGAAAUGGCUGAAUUGUUUUUGUUACGAUUGACUUUUGCUUUUGCAUCAGGAUUUCCAUUGAUGUUGGUACAAUGCUACCUUGUCCUGGAGAACAUAUCGUUCCCCGCUUACUGGAUACUGUACCUAGCAGCAGGAUCCACUCUAGUUUCGACAACGUGGGCCUUGGGGAGUUUUCGUAGACAGCAUGAAACCUGUGACACUGAAAAUAUUGUUCUAACCUGGCCAGGAUCCAUUUUUCGACUUUUGUGGCGUGCAGGUGAAAUUGCAGCCAGAAUAAUAUCCCUGUCACUUUUCGCGACAUUGUAUUCACAGUGGUUGUUUUUAGUGAUCGGACUCCAUUGGGUGACAAUGCUUGUUUGUGUGUGUACAUCCGUCUUCAGUGCAAUCAAUGAAUCAAAUGGCAGCAAAGUUUACACGAUAUCAUUCCGUGUCCUUGUUGCUUAUAUGUACAUCUUUGCCUUCAUCAACUUCAGCAAUCAGAGCUCCAUGUUCCGAUAUGUGAUGUUUUACAUCAUUAUGUUCCUGGAGAAUGCCACUCUCUGUCUCAUCUGGAUGGUUCAAGAUGCAGCAGGAGAAGAAGGGUAUCGGUAUCUCCUUGUCUUCAUCACAGCAUCAUGCUUCUUUGUUGCUAUCGUCUCCCUAACAAUCUACUACAGGUUCUUCCAUGUCAGCAUCUCUGAUGUACCCUCAGACGCCAAGACACUGGUCUGUGUGAAGGACAGCUGCAUCAACUGUAAGCUAAGUCUGUGUGUUAAACAUAAACUGAAAUUACAAAGACCAUUCAGUGCUGGUUGGUACAGCCAGUACAAUGAUGCUAUAUAUAAUGGUCACUAUUACAAGAACCUACUCCAGGACAGCUUGCUAGAUUCUGCUUCAGAAAUUGAUGUGAAGUCUAUUGGAACAGUUCGAUCAGGUUUCUACAAGCCGGGAACAAUAUCAGAAGAAUCCAACACAUCUUUCAUUAGAGAUCCCGAUCAUUUGGAUGUUGAGAAGAGGUCUGUGGUGAGUUUCCAGUCUGUAGGAAUGUACAUGCACAGACGAUACAUCAGUGCAGAUGAGGACAUCCUUGAUGAUGACGAUGCUAGUUCUAUCCCAGCAUCACUGAGUCCAAGGCGACAUGAUGACCACAUGCUGAGUGAGUCCAGUCUCUCCGUUGGAAGUCCAAGAUGGAUACCUCCUCCAGGCCGAUCGGCCAGCCAGACAUGCCUCCUCACAGACACCUGGGACAGUAUUUCUCAACUGAAUUCUGAUGACCAUCACCCAUAUCCCAAUCUUCCAUCCUGUAGGUCGCUUCUCAGAGAUGACCAUAACUGGUAUUCCGAUGGAUAUACUACUGACAAUACGCUUGUGUGGUCCAAACUUCCUGUGACAGAUCUCAGCAGGCACAGACCUGUUGUAAGUGAUAGUGAAAGUGAAUAUUACUGCCGUUGUCCCAAAACUACUCAGAAGAAAAUGGCAGGCGUUCAUUCUCAACGAUCCAAGGUAAACAGACAGGAGAGUUUAUCAGAAUCUGUAAAGGAGAAGUACAUGAACUGGUUCAGGAGGCCCACUGCCCUCCACACACCAAAUGCUUCAGAGGAGGAGAGAUCUGUUCAGGGUAAAUGUAAAUCACGCAAACACGGAAAGAGGGCUCCUGCUUGGACACUGGCCAGCACAGACAAACUUGUGACGGAAAGUUUCGAAAAAUGGAAUAAAAGGAUUGGAGCUGUCCCAAGUCCGAACCCUGAUGGGAAACAUCAAGCUCCAUUGUUUGAUAUUUGUGAUCAGAUUGUACAGGAAAGCCUCAACGAGGCUCAACUCAAGAAAGAGGCAAGUGUCAAACCUACCUAUCACAAUAUGGGCAGCACAAUGGCCAAUACUGGCCCUCAACAAGGACAAUUCGUGAAGGCCAAAAACAAAGGCCGUCGUGAAGCAAGACGUGUGUGCCAGGUGACGGACAGUGAAUCUGAGACUCAGUCUUGUGUCAGACCUCAUAGGACCCGAAAGACAUCUCAUUCCCCUUCUUCUAAAAUAAGUGUAUCAGACUGUUCUGUGACUGGAAGUAAACCUCAGAGUGACCACCUCAGUACUGUGGAUCCCCAUAAAAAGACAAUCAUCAUUCAAUCACAGACACAAGUUGGUGUUAUGAAUAUUCGUGCAAUGCAAAAUGACAAAUCAAAAUCGAGCACCGAUUCCGGUGUAGGUCAGCCUGACUAUGAAAACGACUAUGUUCCCAUGAUGAGUCUUUUGAAAUGUCCAUCAAGGAGCAAAAAGGAAAACAUAUACGAGAAUCAGGCAUAUAUUGGUGAUAGUGAUGAAGUCUUUCUGGACAAUAUAGUGAAAGUGACCAAUGAUAGAUACAGACGUCAAGGAAAACCGAUGAGUGAUGAGGUAUUUGUGGACAAUGUUUUGAAAAUAACCCCAGAGGCACCUUGGUAUGUGUGCAGUGAAUCAGAAGACAGUGCACUACCGCAAGAAACAUUUAGUUCCAGUAAUUGUGGGAUGACCAACUCGGACAAUGAAAGUGAUGAUAGUUUAGAGCUCAUCAUUUGAAUGUGGCACAAUUUUGAUGUAUGAUAUUAAGUGUGACAAGAUGCAAGACAAUGUUUGUAUGGAGAAAUAUAUGAAAAUAUGUAAUUUGGAGGAAAUCUUACAGCCAAGAUUUUCCAAAAUUCCAAGUUUUUCCUACAACAAAUCCAUUUAUUUUUGUCAAAUACAUGUUUUUUUUACCAAAGUCAAAAAGCCUUAAACCUGCCUUGGGUUGUCCGAAAAAUGCAUUUACUCAGAUUUUUCAUUUUGAAAAAUUAAAGUCAGAAACUGUGUGAAUGAGUUAUUAUAUGUGUGAUAUGGGUGAUAUUUAGUAUUUAAUAUGUACAUCUGUUUAGCAUAAACACAAUCUGUACAUUGUGUACAUAUGUGUACAUAUGCACAGAGCUCUAGGAAAUAUAUUCUAACAUGAUGUGCAACAUCUCUUAGUAUACUGAUGGUCUUAAAGAAACAGACACAUGAACAUAUUUGUACAUUUCCGAGUUUGAAAAUCAGGAAAUUCAUCUAAUUUAUAAUCAUUUUAACUGCAACUUCAUCAUUCAUAUCUGAAUCUAGGAUCUAUGUUCAAACUUCAUUGUAAAAGAACAAAUAUUUUUUUACACCAUCAAGUAAGAUAUGAAGCAAACAGAAGUCAGGUUUAGAAAUAUUCUCUACAAGUCAUUACUUUGUAUGCACAGCGAGAAGUUCAUUUUCAUGUUUACUGCAUUUGUUAAUUAUUCACAGUUUUGAAAUUGUUCUAUUUAUGUUUCUAUGCUGUUAAUGAUGCAAUUGUACAGGUGUAUCAGUGUAGAGAUUGUCUACCUGUUCUGUUACUGCUGUUUGUGUCGGAAGCUGAUUAUGUUGAUUAUACGUCUCAGGUUUUGUACCAAGAUGAUAUUGGAAUUUACUAAUUGAUUAGUUCAUGUUUAUGUAUGCUGUGAAACAGUAGGAGCAUCAGGCCAGACCAUUUAUUUUCUUGUUUUACAGGUACAACUUUCCUAGAUUUUGAAAAAGUAAUAAUUUCUACAACAAAUUCUGAUUGAUUGAUACUGGAAAAAUUUACCAUACUUUACCAUGUUUGUUAAAACUUUAUUUAAAGAAUUGUUUGUAAAGGAAAUUUUCAAAUCAUCCCAACAGAUCCUUUAUAUUUAUCACAUAUAUAUUUCAUUUUUUAUAGUGAUCAAAACCAUAAAACAAGAACAGGAAUUAGUCUGGCCUCAGAAAACAAAUAGAACAGAUGCAUUAAAACUUAAAAUUUACUAUGGUUAUAAGAUAACAUUUUCCAGCAAUCACGAGAAAGAUGCACCUAUCCUUCAAGCUACUUUAUACAUUGUCUGUAUUGUUGUUUUUGAAGUUUGUGAAUUAAAUCAAUAAGAAUUUGAUAUUUCACAAUAAAUUAUUCACAGAAUAUUAAAAUAACGAUUUCAUUUCAUCCCAGUCACACACAAAAAGCAUACUUGUUUUCAUAUGUUUGUAUGUUUUAAAAAUGGCAGAUUUCCUUAAGAUCUUACUUCAUAAUGUAAAAAGAGAGCAUAUAGACUUCACGGUGUGAUGACAAAAAGGAUGGAGAGUCCUGUUGUAAGCUAAGCACAAGUAGAUGACAACGACUCGUGAACCAGUCAGAUUAAAACAUUACUUAACCCACUAAUACAGGCUCAGAUUGACCCGGUACUGACAGGUGAGAAUACCAAUAAGGUCAUUGUUUAUCACUCAUAAAGCAAACUGAAGGUGAUGUCUCCAUGUCACAAUCUCUCCAUCACUGCUGACCUCGUGAUCCUUGUGAACUCUCACCUCUUCAGGUCAGGUCUUAAGUUUGAUUUUAUAUAUAAGUGUUAUCAUUAGAUUUAUUCCCUUUUCAUGAUUUGUGAACUCUCUGAAUAAACAAUCAUAAUGAAACCCUUUAUGGGAGAUUUUCUCAUUUUCUUUGAACAAGGUUGAAAAAUUCAUUGCUAAAUGAAAAUGUUUUGAUUUUAAAAUUGCAAACUGUUUUGUAUAUUUGACUUGAGUGUAGGAUAUUUCAAGCUUAUGUAAAAUAUUAUCUUCCUAUUCAUAUAAUUAAUUGUUGAUUUUCUUUUCUCGGAAUCAGUAACCAUAUUGCUAUUCUCUCUUGAUAGGUCAGGAUUGUUAGAUACAUUAGGCAGUAAUCUGUAAUAUUUAAAUAGAUACAAUAUUUUCAAUGAUAUAUUGACCAUGCAAAUUUGUUGGGAAUGUCAGGAGAAGCCUAAACACAAGGGGCAAAGUAGAUCCUAUAUAAGAUAAUUUAGACACGAACUGUAAUCACAUAUCUAUCUAAGUCUAGUUAGUAUAGUUUUUAUUGGUAGACACGACCAUGGUUUGAGGCUAUGAAAUAUAGAUGACCUGUCAGCUGAACUUUGGAGCCAUGUGACAUGCAGUUUAUCUGAAUCUGAUACCUACUGAGGUAUGUAAUUGAUAGGUAACAGAGAGGUCAGUCAAAUGGGAUCAGUGAUAGGAUGUUUGUCUUAAGCAUAUUACAGAUGGAUAUUACAGCUUGGCAAAAACAUUCCUUGUUUAACUGAUUUUCUUGGGGUAGAGCAUGAACAAAUACAUAUGAGUUGAUUUAAAAACUCAAAUGUUUUAAUGUUUUAUUUACUAAGAAUUAUAAAAUUCUUUUAACAACAAAGGGUUUGAGGAUAAGCCUCAACAUUUUGUGGAUAUAAAAUACAUAUGGCCUACUGGUCUCAGCAUUGUCUUGUGUAAACAUUUGAAAUAUUCAAAAAUGAACUAUGUUUCAUCCUAAACUGAAAACCCUCAAGGAAUACAGUUUUGUCACUGCAAACUAAAAUUAUGAUGUGUAAAAUUAACAACAAUGUCAAAACCUCCAUUCAUUGAACGGAGUCUUAUUUUGUGGCAGGUGAACUGUGAGUAAUACCUGAGGUGAUUAACAAUGGUAGAAACCUUGAUAUUUACUAUGAUAAAGGAGUAAGAUCAUAUAUUUCAAACUCACAUCAAACUCAAACAAAUGUUCUCAGAUCAGAGACAUGCAUGUUAACUAAAUUGAGCAAUGUAGUCACUUUGACCAAAAUUCAUCAGAAGCAUAUUUCAGGAGAAGAACUUGGAAGUCCAUAAACCACAAGUUUUGUUUAAACAAGGUGGCUGUAUUUAACAGCCUGCUGAUGAAAUGUGGAUUUAUUGUUUUGUGCAAUGUUACUGUUUGUGUUGUAUUCUGUUAUUUUUGUAUUAUGAUUGUUAUAUACUGAUAUUAUUUCCUAUAAGCACCUGGCUUCUUGUGCACACAAGUAAUGUGGAAUUUGUGAACACCAUGAAGAAGCAUGAUUAAAAGAAUGAAAUACA